AUGGCCAUGGCGGGCACAGGGAAACAGCCGGACAACAAUGACGACGCUCCUCCCACUCCACAGAGACCGGUGUCUUCUUUGCUGUCCCACUUUGAGAAUCUCUCUCACCGCAGAUCUCCAUCUGCUGUAGCUUCCAGCCCGCGUACUUCCACAAACAAUUUACUAGCAACUCCGGAGCCUAGCGAUGACCCCCGGUCCUCCACCCGUGCUUCGCUCGAUUUGCCCCGGCCACAUUCCCCAUGGACCCCGGCUGAGGAGAGACUUAACCCGCUUCAGCAGUUGAAUGGAGAGAACUCCCGGGAUCGGGGUUUCUCUGGCAGACGAUAUGGCCGGCCCAUCUCUAUGAACUUCCACCGCUCAUCGCCACAGCUACCGCCAACCUUGACAGUACAGUCGCCUCAAUCUCCGCCACGCGGACAAGAUCGGGAUGAAGUUUGGACCCCGCAAGGUGACAGCCGCAAGACUCGGAGUCCAGGCCAUCGACCGAGAGAAUGGAUGUCCGUCUCGCCGGCACCACCUCGUCCGCUCUCCCCGAUACCGAAAUUCGGACCGUCUGUUAAUGCAGGGGAUACAAUCCCUCGACUGUCGCCUGGAUCGCUUCGUGUCAACCUCACUGGGAGCCCGACAGAUCGGAAACUAAAAAGCGCCUCGUUGCCGCCCCCAGCUAACCGCGCAUCAAAGCCCAAAAUUCCUGCGAAACCGGCGAUGUUUUCUCAAUCGGACACUGGCUCGUUGACUCCUCGAACGGAACGGACAUCGCCUGAUCGAACUCGGCCAACAACGGAGCCACCAACUCGUCGUUCAUUUGAUGAGCGAUCACCUAUUCCGUCUACGAUCGCCAGGCAUGAUGCUAGAGAGAUGGGAUUCUCAAGGACCCGUCCUGGUCCAGAGCCCUCACGGGCCACCAAGCCCUUGAUGGUGCAGAUUCCAUCUGCUCCCGUAGACGCUCCAAUGUCUGCUGCCGCUGCCCCCCCUCUUUCGGCGCAGAGAUUCCGAGCCAGUGAUAUUCCCUACGACCGACCAGGGCUUCCUCCUCGACCUUCUGGGGUUCCCCGCCGAACUGGAGUCUCCCCUGCACGAGAGUCUCCCAGACAUGCGAGCAGCUCUGUGCAGCCGACACCAAUUGCCAGAUCUGCACCUUCUUUCCCCCGUGCUAGCGAAUCCUCAGCUCCGAAACCAAUCCAGCGACAACCUUCUCUACCCCAAGAAACUCACCUCUCUUCUUCUCUUCCAGAGCGGCGCGUAGUGCGAACAGACACGGAAGAAGAUGAGCAAGUCGAAGAGCCAGCUAUCUCACGGACUGACUAUCCCGAUGCUUCAAAAGCUAACCGUCGACCCCCAUGCUUUAAAUCUGGACCGAAUGAUAUCCUGACCAAGUACGAUACCCGUUUGCUGGCUGUGUGCGGCAAAUAUGUGUGUACGACCGGAUAUCUGACUCGGGUGUGGGAUCUUACAACUGGUGACCAAGUGAUGAGUCUCAGCCAUGGCGAGACCGUGAAAAGUUUAUCUAUUGCUUUCAAGCCAGGGAAAGGUCUUGAAGAUGAGGGCCAGCGUAUCUGGCUUGGUACUAGCGCUGGUGAUCUUCACGAAGUUGAUAUUCCAAGCCAAUCCAUCGUGGCUACCCGCGCAUACCCCUCCCGCCGAGAAGUCAUCCAAAUCUUGCGACACAAGAAAGAAAUGUGGACGUUUGAUGACGAAGGCCGACUGCUUGUUUGGUUGCCAGAUGAGACCGGCACACCCAACUUACAAUACAGCUACCACAGCCCUUCUGAGCGCGUAGCCCGGGGCCACACAUUCUCCAUGGUAGUUGAUGACAAGCUUUGGCUGGCAGCAGGAAAAGACGUCCAUGUAUAUCGCCCCAAUGCAAAAGAUGAUGUCCCAUUCAAGGUUUUCAAACGACCUCUCGGUCUUCAGCACUCAGGCGAUGUCACUUCCGGGACUUAUACCACGCGAGAGGGAGGUCGGGUUUAUUUGGGACACGCAGAUGGCAAGGUUACUGUGUACUCCUCGACCGAUUUCUCUUGCUUGGCAGUGGUGAACGUCAGUGUGUACAAAAUUAACUGCCUUGCAUUUGUCGGAGACUAUCUUUGGGCUGCGUAUAAAACCGGCAUGAUCUACGUCUACGAUGUGUCCACCAACCCAUGGACCGUGAAGAAAGACUGGCGUGCCCACGACAGUCCCGUAUCUAGCUUUGUGUUAGACAUGAGCAGCAUAUGGACUAUGAACCGCCUGCAGGUGACCUCGCUAGGCACUGAUAAUUGCAUUCGCCUCUGGGACGGAAUGCUCGAGGACGAUUGGUUGGAUGCACGGAUGCAGAUCAGAGACGUGGAGUACUGCAAAUUCCGAGAAAUCAAGGCUGUCGUCGUGACUUGGAAUGCGGGAGCUUCUACCCCUGGUAGUGUGCGAAAUUCGGAUUUCAUCCGAAAUGUAGUCACCCCCGAAGACCCGCCUGAGAUCGUGAUAUUCGGGUUCCAGGAGUUGGUUGAUCUUGAGAAUAAGAAGAUCACAGCUAAGAGUUUGCUGCUUGGUAGUAAAAAGAAAGACAACGGCGAGAAGGAACACAUGAGCCGUCAGUAUCGAGUGUGGAUCGACCAUCUUACUCGUGCUCUUCACGAAUGUAUGCCUCUCGAUGAAUCCUACGUUCUUUUGCAUACUGCAAACAUGGUGGGAUUGUUUACUUGCGUUUUCGUCCGACACAAGGAACGCCAUAAUAUCAAAAACAUCAGUGCUUCGGAGAUUAAGCGUGGAAUGGGCGGUUUACAUGGAAACAAGGGUGCCCUUGUACUCCGCUUCGUCUUGGACGACAGUUCGAUGUGCUUUGUGAACUGCCAUUUGGCAGCCGGCCAAACCCAGACCGCACACCGAAACAACGAUAUUGCUGCGAUCUUAGAAGCCGAGUCUUUGCCAGCGGAAAAUAGCAUGACCUUGCGGUCAGAUCAGUUCGCCAGUGGUGGUGAUGGCUCAAUGAUCAUGGACCACGAAGUGUGCAUUCUGAAUGGAGAUCUGAACUAUCGAAUCGACGCAAUCCCUCGCAAUGUGAUCAUCGACGCUGUUCGCCAGAAUAACCUACCGAAACUCCUCGAUCGAGACCAGCUACUUGCUUCCCGGCGAAAGAACCCUGGUUUCCGCCUGCGCUCCUUCACUGAAUCACCCAUCACCUUCGCCCCCACCUACAAGUAUGAUGUCGGCACGGACGAGUACGACUCCAGUGACAAGAAACGGUCUCCCGCCUGGUGCGACCGCAUCCUUUACCGUGGUCUGGGCCGCGUCAAGCAGCUCGAUUAUCGACGACACGAGGUCCGCGCCUCUGACCACCGGCCGGUCAGUGCGGCGUUCAAGAUUCGCGCUAAGACAGUCCUAAGUCCAGAACGGAACGCGACGUGGGAGUCAUGCAAUAAGGAGUUCCAGGAGGAGAAGCGCCGCUUGGCUUCUGAAACUAGCAUCGAGUAUCUCAUUACUGUCCUCGGCACAGAUCCCCGCCAGGCCCGUACCUUGAUCUUGGGAAAACAAUAA